AUUUCUCAUCAAUAAGAAUCAUAUGAUUAUUAAGGGUGUAGCAAAUUACAAGUCUUGAUAGAUUUAUUUUUAGGUUACUUUAUAUAAACGAUAAUAAAAGAUAACUUUGCAAAAAAUGAAGAUAUGUGGACCUAAGUAUGCCCUAUGUGGCCUGAUAUUAUCUGUUUGGGGUAUAUUUCAACUGCUCCUGAUGGGAAUAUUCUUUUAUACUAAAAGUGUAGCUUUAAUAGAAGAUGUUCCAUUUGAAGCAAAUAUCAAAGAAACUACAGCAUUUUAUGCUGCUGCAGAUAGAGGUUACAAACAAAAUGCAUAUAAUUGUUGGAUUGCAGCUUGUAUCUAUCUUCUUACAUUAUUACUUUCUGGACAUCAAUUUUAUAUAAAUUCAAGAUCAUCUUUAAGUGUUUAAAUCAUAUGAUAAAAUAAAUAAAAAAAAAUAUGUAUAAGUGUAUAAUAUAAUGUAUUAUAAAUAAAAUUAUACUUAGGAAUAUGUUAAAUAUAAAUUUCAAGAAUAGAUUUUUU